UUGAGUUGGUUCUCUAACCUCAAAAUUUGACUUUCCACAGUUUCCACGUGAAAACAUACACGAAGUGUGCGAUACGCUGCGAACGCUCCGAUAAGAAAAUCGUGCGAGAAAGGAUGACUAGGUUUGCAAGAGCGAAAGGAUCCAAAGCUUCAAACGAAAGAUUACCGAACGAGGCUACGCCAUGGCAUGUAAUGAAACAGCAAUUGGAGGAGAGCAAAAGCAAGGUACCUUCGGAGAAGAAGAAAUCAGCGAAGGAAUUAUUGAAAGAUCAAGAAGGUACCUUCAACAGUAGCACUAAUGAAAACACUCAGGAAUGGGCAGAAUUUGAAGAUAAUAGAUCCAAGACUAACGUAAAAAAACAUAAGAAUUUGAAGUUAAACAGAGAUCUCGCAAAAAAUUCUGAAAAUAAAGCAGCAUCCAAAGGUAGUAACAAUGUAGAGAAAGCUCAAGCAACGGGAGAUAUAAAAACAACAGAUAAGAAGAAAAGGACUAAUAUUUCUAACAAAGCGAAACAAGCCGUCAAUAAUCCAAAUUCAAUAUCCAAUGAAAAAGAAUCGAACACUCCACAAGAUGUGCAUUCGAGUCAUGGUGUGUUGAGCAAACGGCAGAAGCGGAAUCAGAAAAGGAAGUUGGAAAUGUCUAACGAUGGAUCUAAGAGGUUCAAAAAUGAUGCCUCAGGCAAAAGUGACAAUAAACUCACAAGGGAGGAGAAAAUGAAGAGAAAGGGAGAAUAUAAAAGGAGGAAGCCAGAUGCCGGUGUCACAAAAGUAAUAAUCAACGGUGUGGAAAUCGAAAUUGCUAUGUAUGAUGGAUUUCCCGUCAAAAAGGAAGAUGCGGAGAGAUUGGCAGAACUUAAACAGAAAAUGAUAAUGAAAGGUAUUCCAAAAUCCGAAGUGGAUAUGGCGAUGAAGCUGGAAAGACGCAGGGCUGAGAAAGCUUUGGCGCGCGUCAGGAAACUCGUCUGCUUCAAUUGUCGCAAGUCUGGACACAAUCUGUCGGAUUGUCCUGAGCUCGAUCGCAACGAGGACUGCACGGGCAUCUGUUUCAAGUGUGGUUCAACGGAACACACCCAUUUCGAGUGCAAAGUCAACAAGGAUUCUACCUACAGAUAUGCCAAGUGUUUUAUCUGCCGUGAGCAGGGUCACAUUGCCAUGCAAUGCCCUGACAAUCCCAAAGGAGUUUAUCCUCACGGUGGUUGCUGCAAGGUUUGUGGGGCUGUAACACACUUAAAGAAAGAUUGCCCGGACUUGGUGAAUGCCAAAGAAGACAGCGCCGUUACAGUGGAAAAAUUGGAUGAUUCUGCUGUGGAAUCUCUGCAGGAAGAUACGAAAGAGAAGUGCGAAAGUAAUAAACCAUGUAAAAAUAAGAUCAUCAAAUUUUAGUGAUAUAUUUACAAUAUUUAUAAACUUCUCAUGUGUAUUAUAUCUUAUUAUUUUUUCCUUAAUGGUAAAAAAAUUACG